AUGGCCAGCAGCAUAGGCGAGCUCGUGAUCGUGGCUCACAAGUUCCUCACCGCUCCGCAGGCGAGCCCUCAGAGCUUUUGCAACGUGAUCAAGCUGGGCACCUUCUGCCGAACAGUGGUUUGGCCAUGUCUGCCGCCCGUUCUCAUGUACCAGUACAUCCGUGGUAAGGACGACGACAUGUACGCGAUCGAUGUCCUCUACGCCAAGUCUGGCUCCAAGGAACCUAAAGCCUUCUACGACGCGUCCCGCUUGAAGGGAUCCAGCCACUGGCGCAUGCAGCAGGACCUGGAGACCAUCCGGGCGGCCGCCAAUGCUGAGUAG